UUUUAUUCCGUUUACACCCUGGAGAAAGUGAGAAUAAUGCACCACCACCAGCAGCAGGAGCAGCACCCAGAAGAGGCAAACUAUGCAAGUAGUACCAGAAUUCCUCUCCCUGGUGACGGACCAACUAUUCAGUCAAACAGUUCAGCACCAUCCAAGCAAACUGUUCUAUCUUGGCAAGCUGCAAUUGAUGCUGCUAGACAAGCCAAGGCUGCCCAAACUAUGAGCACCACCACAGCCCAACCUGUAGGAUCUCUGUCCCAAAGAAAACGCCAGCAAUAUGCCAAGAGCAAAAAACAGGGUAAUACAUCUAACAGUCGGCCACCCCGUGCCCUUUUCUGUUUAUCCCUCAAUAACCCAAUACGAAGAGCCUGCAUUAGUCUAGUAGAAUGGAAACCAUUUGACAUAUUUAUACUACUGGCUAUUUUUGCCAAUUGUGUGGCCUUAGCUGUUUACAUCCCAUUCCCAGAAGAUGAUUCUAAUUCAACUAAUCAUAACUUGGAAAAAGUAGAAUAUGCCUUCCUGAUUAUUUUUACAAUUGAAACAUUUUUGAAGAUUAUAGCAUAUGGAUUAUUAUUACACCCCAAUGCAUACGUUAGAAAUGGAUGGAAUUUACUGGAUUUUGUAAUAGUAGUAGUAGGAUUGUUUAGUGUAAUUUUGGAACAAUUAACCAAAGAAACAGAAGGAGGUAGCCACUCAGGUGGCAAACCAGGUGGCUUUGAUGUCAAAGCCCUAAGAGCCUUUCGUGUGUUGCGACCUCUCCGGCUUGUAUCAGGAGUGCCCAGUUUACAAGUUGUCCUGAACUCCAUUAUAAAAGCCAUGGUUCCCCUGCUCCAUAUUGCCCUUUUGGUAUUGUUUGUAAUCAUAAUCUAUGCUAUUAUAGGAUUGGAACUUUUUAUUGGAAAAAUGCACAAAUCAUGUUUUCUUGUUGAUUCAGAUAUAUUAGUUGAAGAUGAUCCAGCACCUUGUGCAUUCUCAGGGAAUGGACGUCAGUGUGCCAUAAAUGGCACCGAAUGUAGGGGCGGCUGGGUCGGACCAAAUGGAGGCAUAACCAACUUUGACAAUUUUGCCUUUGCGAUGUUAACUGUGUUCCAGUGUAUAACCAUGGAAGGAUGGACUGAUGUGUUGUACUGGGUAAAUGAUGCAAUAGGAUGUGAAUGGCCAUGGAUCUAUUUUGUUAGUCUUAUCAUCCUUGGCUCAUUUUUCGUACUUAACCUGGUUCUUGGUGUACUUAGUGGGGAAUUUUCCAAGGAAAGAGAAAAAGCCAAAGCCCGAGGGGACUUUCAGAAGCUGCGUGAAAAGCAGCAGCUUGAAGAGGAUCUGAAGGGAUAUUUAGAUUGGAUUACACAGGCAGAAGACAUUGACCCUGAGAAUGAGGAGGAGGGUGAUGAAGAAGGCAAACGGAACACAAGCAUGCCGACAAGUGAAACUGAAUCUGUGAACACUGAGAAUGUCAGCGGAGAAGGAGAGAGCCCAGCAUGCUGUGGCAGUCUGUGUCAAACUAUCUCAAAAUCCAAGUUCAGUCGACGCUGGCGUCGCUGGAACCGAUUCAAUCGAAGAAAAUGUAGAGCUGCAGUAAAAUCUGUCUCGUUUUAUUGGCUCGUUAUUGUCUUGGUCUUUCUGAACACAUUAACUAUCUCUUCUGAGCAUUACAAUCAACCUGACUGGCUGACACAGAUCCAAGAUACUGCAAACAAAGUACUUCUGGCAUUAUUCACCUGUGAAAUGUUAAUAAAGAUGUACAGCUUGGGCCUACAGGCUUAUUUUGUAUCCCUCUUUAACCGUUUUGAUUGCUUCGUCGUUUGUGGUGGCAUUGUUGAAACCAUACUGGUGGAGUUGGAAAUUAUGUCACCCCUGGGAAUCUCAGUGUUUCGUUGUGUUCGUCUUCUACGUAUUUUUAAAGUGACAAGGCACUGGACAUCCCUGAGCAACUUGGUAGCAUCCUUGUUAAACUCAAUGAAGUCCAUUGCUUCACUGUUGCUUCUGCUUUUCCUCUUCAUCAUAAUCUUCUCAUUGCUUGGAAUGCAGCUGUUUGGAGGCAAAUUUAAUUUUGAUGAAACUCAAACAAAACGGAGCACCUUCGAUAAUUUUCCACAAGCUCUUUUAACUGUAUUCCAGAUUCUAACAGGUGAAGACUGGAAUGCUGUGAUGUAUGAUGGGAUUAUGGCAUAUGGUGGCCCAUCGUCAUCAGGAAUGGUCGUCUGUAUAUACUUCAUUAUCCUCUUCAUCUGUGGUAACUAUAUCUUGCUAAAUGUCUUUUUGGCCAUUGCUGUGGAUAACUUGGCAGAUGCGGAAAGCCUGAAUACAGCUCAGAAAGAAGAAGCAGAAGAAAAGCAGAGGAAAAAGAAUGCCAGAAAAGAGAGUCUGGAAAAUAAAAAAGGUGACAAAUCAGAAGGUGACCAAAAGAAGGCCAAGGAUAAUAAGGUUACAAUUGCUGAAUAUCGAGAAGGAGAAGAUGAGGACAAAGACCCCUAUCCACCGUGUGAUGUACCAGUAGGUGAAGAUGAGGAAGACGAGGAAGAUGAACCAGAGGUACCAGUUGGCCCACGUCCCAGAAGAAUAUCUGAACUAAAUAUGAAGGAGAAGAUAACACCGAUUCCUGAAGGGAGUGCCUUCUUCAUUUUCAGCAGUACCAACCCAAUUCGAGUGGGAUGCCACAGGCUGAUCAACCACCACAUCUUUACAAACCUCAUCCUUGUCUUCAUCAUGCUCAGCAGUGUUUCCCUAGCGGCGGAAGACCCAAUUCGCAGUCACUCUUUUCGAAAUAACAUACUUGGUUACUUUGACUAUGCUUUCACAGCCAUCUUUACUGUUGAAAUCCUGUUAAAGAUGACAGCUUUUGGAGCAUUCCUUCACAAAGGAUCUUUCUGCAGGAAUUAUUUCAAUUUGCUGGACUUGCUAGUUGUGGGUGUUUCUCUGGUGUCGUUUGGGAUUCAAUCAAGUGCUAUCUCAGUUGUGAAGAUUCUGCGAGUUUUAAGAGUCUUGAGGCCUCUAAGGGCAAUAAACAGAGCAAAAGGACUUAAGCAUGUUGUUCAGUGUGUCUUUGUUGCUAUUAGAACUAUUGGUAAUAUCAUGAUUGUCACAACUCUGCUCCAGUUCAUGUUCGCCUGUAUUGGUGUACAGCUUUUUAAGGGAAAAUUUUAUCGGUGCACUGACGAAGCGAAACAGAAUCCUGAGGAUUGCCGGGGAAUAUUCAUUGUUUAUAAAGAUGGAGAUGUUGAUAACCCAAUGGUCAGAGAAAGGGUUUGGCAAAACAGUGAUUUCAACUUCGACAAUGUUCUGUCUGCUAUGAUGGCCCUUUUUACUGUUUCUACCUUUGAAGGCUGGCCUGCGCUGCUAUACAAAGCCAUAGACUCAAAUGCAGAGAAUAUAGGCCCUGUAUACAACUACAGAGUGGAGAUUUCCAUCUUCUUCAUCAUCUACAUCAUCAUCAUUGCCUUCUUUAUGAUGAACAUAUUUGUUGGUUUUGUCAUUGUUACAUUCCAAGAACAGGGAGAACAAGAGUAUAAGAACUGUGAGCUGGACAAAAAUCAGCGUCAGUGUGUGGAAUAUGCCUUGAAGGCACGCCCUCUGCGUAGAUACAUUCCAAAAAAUCCAUACCAAUACAAGUUCUGGUAUAUGGUGAACUCCACUGGAUUUGAGUACAUCAUGUUUGUCCUCAUCAUGCUGAACACACUUUGCUUGGCCAUGCAGCACUACGGACAGUCUAAGCUGUUUAAUGAUGCAAUGGACAUUCUGAAUAUGGUUUUCACAGGCGUGUUCACUGUUGAGAUGGUUUUGAAACUCAUUGCAUUCAAACCCAAGGGCUAUUUUAGUGAUGCCUGGAAUGCGUUUGACUCCCUCAUCGUUAUUGGCAGCAUAGUAGACGUCGUUCUCAGUGAAGCCGAUCACUAUUUCACUGAUGCAUGGAACACUUUUGAUGCCUUAAUUGUUGUUGGUAGCGUCGUUGAUAUUGCUAUAACAGAAGUUAAUCCAAAGCCAACUGAAACUGUCACAACUGAUGAGUCUGGGAACUCUGAAGACAGCGCUAGAAUCUCCAUCACUUUUUUCCGUCUCUUCCGAGUGAUGCGAUUGGUGAAGCUUCUCAGCAGGGGUGAAGGAAUCAGAACAUUGUUGUGGACAUUUAUUAAGUCAUUUCAGGCUCUGCCAUAUGUUGCUCUUCUGAUAGCUAUGCUGUUUUUCAUCUAUGCUGUUAUCGGAAUGCAGGUAUUUGGUAAAGUUGCCAUGAGGGACAAUAAUCAAAUUAACAGAAACAACAAUUUUCAGACUUUUCCCCAAGCAGUCCUGCUUCUGUUCAGGUGUGCAACUGGAGAAGCGUGGCAGGAAAUCAUGCUGGCUUGUUUGCCUGGAAAACGCUGUGAUCCAGAAUCUGAUUAUAGUCCAGGGGAAGAAUUCACAUGUGGAAGCAACUUUUCAAUUAUUUAUUUCAUCAGUUUUUACAUGCUUUGUGCAUUUUUGAUUAUCAAUCUGUUUGUGGCUGUCAUCAUGGACAACUUUGAUUAUUUGACACGUGACUGGUCUAUUCUGGGUCCACAUCAUUUGGAUGAAUUCAAAAGAAUAUGGUCAGAAUAUGAUCCUGAAGCAAAGGGAAGAAUAAAGCAUCUUGAUGUAGUUACGUUACUGCGACGCAUUCAGCCUCCCCUUGGUUUUGGCAAAUUAUGCCCCCACAGAGUGGCGUGCAAGAUGAUGAGGUAACCGUGGGGAAGUUCUAUGCCACCUUCCUGAUACAGGACUACUUUAGGAAAUUCAAGAAACGCAAAGAACAAGGACUGGUGGGGAAAUAUCCGGCGAAGAACACCACAAUCGCUCUACAGGCAGGACUAAGAACUCUUCAUGACAUUGGCCCUGAAAUUCGUCGAGCUAUAUCCUGUGACUUGCAAGAUGAUGAACCUGAAGAAAAUAAUCAUGAGGAAGAGGAAGAUAUAUAUAAAAGGAAUGGUGCCCUGUUUGGAAACCAUAUAAAUCAUGUUAGCAGUGAUAGGAGAGAUUCGUUUCAACAAAUCAAUACCACACACCGUCCCCUGCAUGUCCAACGGCCUUCAAUUCCAUCUGCAAGUGAUACUGAGAAAAAUAUGUACCACCAGGCCUCAAAUUCUGUAUUCCAUAACCAUCAUAAUCACAACUCAAUAGGAAAGCAUGUUCCAAACUCAACAAAUGCCAAUCUCAAUAAUGCCAAUAUGUCCAAAGUUGCUAAUGGAAGGCACCCAAACAUUGGAAAUCAUGAACAUAGGUCCGAAAAUGGAUACCAUUCAUACUCCAGAGCUGAUCGUGACAGGCAUAGAAGAUCAAACAGUAAGAGAACACGCUAUUAUGAAACGUACAUUAGGUCAGACUCUGGUGAUGGGCAUCUACCAACUAUUUGCCGUGAAGAUCAUGAAGUUCGGGAUUACUGCAAUGAUGAUCAUUAUAUGGGAGAGCAGGAAUAUUUUAGCGGAGAAGAGUAUUAUGAAGAAGACUAUAUGUUAUCAGGGAGCAGGCAUACGUAUGACUAUCACAACAGAUAUCACUGCAAUGACUUAGAUUUUGAGCGGCCAAAAGGUUACCAUCACCCACAUGGGUUUUUUGAGGAAGAUGAUUCACAGAUCUGUUAUGAUUCAAAAAGAUCUCCUAGGAGACGGUUGCUACCUCCAACACCUACAUCAAAUCGCCGCUCUUCCUUCAACUUUGAAUGCCUCCGCAGACAAAGCAGUCAAGAUGAGAUACCUCUCUCUCCUACUUUCCACCACCGCACUGCUUUACCACUGCAUUUAAUGCAACAACAGGUCAUGGCAGUUGCAGGUCUUGAUUCCAGUAAAGCUCACAAACAUUCACCAAGUCGUUCAACACGUUCCUGGGCCACCCCACCAGCCACCCCACCCAACCGGGACCGUACUCCAUAUUAUACACCUCUAAUCCAAGUUGACAGGGCUGAAUCUACAGAGCAGAUGAAUGGCAGCCUACCUUCUUUGAACAGGAGCUCCUGGUAUACAGAUGACCCUGAUAUUUCCUACCGAACAUUCACACCAGCCAAUCUAACUGUACCUAAUGACUUUAGGCAUAAACAUAGUGACAAACAGAGAAGUGCAGACAGUUUGGUAGAAGCGGUACUUAUAUCUGAAGGCCUAGGGCGGUAUGCAAAGGACCCUAAAUUUGUUUCAGCUACUAAACAUGAGAUUGCUGAUGCUUGUGACAUGACUAUUGAUGAGAUGGAAAGCGCAGCAAGUAACCUUCUCAAUGGAAAUAUUAGCAAUGGGACCAAUGGGGAUAUGUUCCCCAUUUUAAGCAGGCAAGAUUAUGAACUUCAAGACUUUGGUCCUGGUUAUAGUGAUGAAGAACCAGACACUGGUAGAUAUGAAGAAGACUUAGCUGAUGAAAUGAUAUGCAUUACAACCUUAUAGUAUUUAGCAAGAAACAAAUAAAUAAUUUUUAAUAACAGAAAAAGUGCCUCAUAGUUCAAAGAUGAUAGGCACUAGUUGGAAUUAAUAACUAAUCAAGCUUUGUACAAGUGAUGUCACACCUUAAGGAAGCCAUAAUUUAUUUAUCAGUAAGUGUCUCCAGGUUGUUGAAAUGUGAUCAAAGCUGUAGUACGUCAAGUCCUUUAUCACAGAAUCUUCAUUUCCUCAGUAGGAAUAGAGUUAUGUAAAACCAAGCCGAUUCUGAAGAUCCCAUUUCCAGAGGACUAGAGAAGAGUUCUGAGGUGUAAUAUCUUGCCUGUCUUUCAAACUUGUGCUGCUGUCAUUCAUAGUGAAGCAGGGGUUUCUAAAUGAAAAAUGUGUGUAGGUCCAGCACAAAAAUAUGUGGUGAAGACCACUAUGUGAGACAGGUGAUGGCAAUCAAAAGUGUCAUUACCUCAGCAUUCAAUAGCAUAUCAAAUGUUCACUGCAUUCAGCAUAUCCAUUCUAAUAUUGUUUUCAAACUUGCCUCCUGAUUUAUUUUUCUUAACGCUCUUCUAAAAUAUGUCAAACUCUACCUACCAGAAAUCAUUGGAAAAAAGAACCUAAAAACAUUUCUGUCAUAUGUAACAUUAGUUUACAUAGGAAAAUAUCAUUCAGAUAGUCUGUUUUAUGACUAUCAUGUUAAGGGCAAAAUAUACUGGAAUAAUUGCAUUCUUACUAAUGCACUUGCAACCAGGUUAAAGUAGAAUUAGUUAAGAUAGUUUGUUAAAAAUUAUAUAGUAGAAAUGACUGUAAAUGAAUUGUAAUAUACAAUAAUUUGUAUUUGUAAAGAGAUGUUCUAUAUUUUGUAAUUAUUGUACCGUAAUUGAACUGCAGCAAUAUUUAUGAAACCUAAUUAUUGUAAUUCUCCGCAGAAUUCUAGAUAUAAGUAUUUUUACUUGGAAUAUAUAGAGCUAUAGGAUAAAUAUUUAACUAGAGCCACCACUCAAUGUAAAUCUCUUUUUGGGUAAAGUGUCAGGUUUAGAGAAACUUGACAAUAUUCAGAUUUUAUAAAAUAUUUUGAGUCAAUAAGAAUCUCUCUUUACAUAAGGGAUGCACAGAUGUCUAUUUUCAGUCUUAUAUUCAGAAAGUUAAAAGAAUGGAAAUUAUCUGCUAACUUUUUUGACUGACAAUAAGCUGUGAUCUUUUUAUUAUAAAUAUCCUCAAAUUAUAGAUAAAUACUAAAUUAAUUGAAAAAAUUGACCAAGUCUUCAUUGGUCUUGAGACAUUUAUAAUUUUAUCACAACUAAAUUGACCGAGUAGCCUAAUUCUAUAUUCGGAAUAUGGGGCAGAAAAAUUUUUGCAGUUGGAUGAAAAUGUCUUAAUUCCAAUCCUGUAUACUAAUUAUUCUGCUCAUAAUAAAAAAAACAAGAUAAAAGGACCCUCCACAGAACCAAUCAGAUUCCCGAUAUGUAAAAAUACUACUUUAUUGCCUCUCCUCUUUUGCUGUUCUAUGGGCAGAUUAUAUACUUUAAAGGAUUUAUUUUUAUGCAAUUGAAAGAGGGCUUAGGUUUUGUUCAUGAUGCAGUAAAACCCAGAUAGGAAUUCCUGAUAUAAAUACAAUUUGGGGGGGAAAUGUCAAAAUCUUCUAUUUUAUUAACACUGAAUAAAACUGACUUGCGCUGCCAAGUUACCUUAUCAGGGUUUAUCUGUACUUAACAAGAUAGGUAGCAAUUCAGGUCACAUUUUUAAAAUGUGACAUAUAAAACAUGUCAAUAAACAUUUUGUACAUAAUGAAAGUUUGCUAUGGAUACCUUACAGACCUCUUCUUGAAUCAUUCUUAUUUCAAAUGCCAGGAUAAUAACUUAAGGGUUUGUAAAUUAUUUCUUGACCUACAUCAUUUUGUAUUAAAGCAAAUGCAAAAUGUUCUUCAGAAUAAAACCGUGUAAUAAUUUUAUUAUA